ACAGAGGGAAAGACAUGGAAAGUGGAGCCAGAGCCAGAGUUUACAGAAGAAAAACUCCACAAGGAAGAACAUUAACAAGGAGAGAUGCCUGGAUUGUAUGAGCAGCUGACAUUUUUGGCAGUAGUGUCCUUGGCUGGCGUGGCCGUCGUGAGGUGUUCCCCGUUCGUGGGGCCGAUCCGCUGCGCCCCCUGCACGCAGGAGAAAGUGAACGAGUGUCCUGCCAUCCCAGCAGACUGCAAACAAGUGCUCAGGGAGCCAGGCUGCGGCUGCUGUAUGGCCUGCGCUCUGGAGAAAGGAGCGUCUUGUGGAGUUCACACGGCCAGCUGCGCUGAAGGUCUCCGUUGUUCUCCCAGGCCUGGUGAGGCCAGACCUCUUUACGCUCUCACCAGGGGACAGGGGGUCUGCACUGAAAAUCUGGGCCAAGAAGAAGAAGAAGGAGUUCCUGACCAUGACUCCAUGCAGUUCGUGCUGGGAUUCAACCGUCCUUUUGAUCAUCAAGAGAACGCAGGGGCCUACGAGAACAUCAAGGUCAAGGCCAACGCCAUCCGCAAUAGUUUGAUACAACAGGGACCCUGUCAUGUUGAACUGCACUCAGCUCUGGAGGUGAUAGCCAGCUCCCAGCAACAACUUGGAGAGAAUUUCACAACGUUCUACCUCCCAAACUGUGACAAACAUGGCUACUACAAGGCCAAACAGUGUGAGUCCUCUCUGGUUGGACCACCCGCUCGCUGCUGGUGCGUCUCCUCCUGGAACGGUAGGCAGAUCCCAGGAUCGAGCGACCUGCUCGGUGAUUCCGAGUGUCACCAGGAAGUCACACACUGAAAGGACAGACAGGAAACCGACACACUGUGAGAACAUCUGCGUCCAAAAACACAUGUAUUCAUUUUGUUUUCAUUACGUAUGCACUCGGCCUUUUAUUUAUUCACCACGUGUAUAUUCCCUCUAAUAUUAACCAUUUGUCGUUUUUAGAUUUUUAUGUGUUUACUUGUUUUUUUUUUUUUGAGAUUGUAAAUAGGGCAACACUGUAUACAUUUGUGUUUCUGUCUGAAUAACUCCAUUGCUAAAAAACCACUGGUCCACAGUCCUGCCAAACCCAGUUCAGAGUCUUCAGGAUGCAGUUUUUUAUUUUCAUUCAUUCAAAACGAGAGCGGUGCAUGGCAUGGAACCAUAGAGCCACUCAUUCAUUCAAGAUGUUGACAUUGUCUGAAUGUAUCUCCGCUGGCGUUUCCUCAAUGGGCAUUGGGGGAGAUACUUAAAGUGCCACAAGUAUGUGCACAGUGGUCAAGCACAAACAUAUCAGGGUUGAUCCAAGCCACUGUGAGGUUUGGGAUCGGUUCUUCUGCAUUUGUCUACCUCGACUAGUCUCUGCAGGUCCACAGGUUUAGCGAAUGUCGCGCUGGUUCUAGCUUUAGAGCUGGAAAUUCUUCACCUUUUUCAUUGAUGUCACUGUUUCAUGUAUUUAAACAUAUUUCAGUAUUUAUUAUGAUUCUUUUGGGGUUUUUUUUUUUUUUUUUUGAGGUUUUGGACAAAGUACUUUGUGAGUGUCCUUUGCCAGGAAUGCUGCUAUUCCAUUUUUCUUUUCAUUAAAACAAUGCAUAAAAGCCUUAUUUUCUGCAGUACUGUUUACGUUUUAGGCUUUUAUAUUAAAUUACCGUUGCCAAAAAAGGCAAAUAACUUUUUACUCCUCUCUUUAUGAGUGUACUCUCACCUGAAAGUAUGCAUUCAUUGGCGCCCAUGAUGAGUCUUUUGGUUUAUAUCAGGUCUUCUCUGAAAUUACCGCCGCGUUGGAUCGCUAACGUUUUUUAUUAGUGCACAGUCAACAAACUCAAUACCCCUUGUCUUUUAGUGAUUACUAAAAACUAAUGCAGUUUCUUCUUCAUGUUUGGGUGAGGAUUUUUGUGUUGUGUGGUGAGACACGCACCACAUUUGUGAAAAGGUUGCUGCCUGGUCACUUAGUUACAUUUCUCCAGGUGUCAUGUUGAAGCAUUUACAAUAAUUUGUGCAAUAGUUUUUAUUUGUCAGAUUCUGAUUCUGGCUGUAGAGUCAGGGAAUCAGGAGGAAGCUGAUGAAUGUGCAUUAUCUUUGGCACUUUAGGCAGUGAAGAGAGAUAUUUACUAAUGCUGCCACUAGAAAUAUUUGACAAGAAUGGGGAAAGGGGAUGGUGCAAUGAAAAAAAAAAAAAGAUCCAAAGUUUUAAUCAAAAAGCGUUUACAGAGAUAUACACAAACUUGCAUACGUUUCCAUCUGCCCAAAC